GAGAGGCUCAGGACUCUUCUGACCGCAGAUCAACAUGGCUGCUCACAGCAGCUGCAGCACCGGACUCUUCAGGACCCUCCUGAGCCGCUGCAGAACCUGCAGAACCCCGGGACCGGUUCAGACCAGGACCGGACCGGGACAACAGAGGUGGGUUUCCUCCCUGUCUGCACCACCACCACCGGGAACCUGGAGCUCCCGGCUGUCGCGGCUGUCCCACCGGGAUCUGUACCGGGUCUCGAUCACGGAUCCGGAUCAGUUCUGGGGAUCCGCCGCCGCAGACAGACUCCGCUGGGUGAAACCGUUUGACCGGGUCCAGGACUGCGAUCUCAGCAGCGGGAAGAUCUGCUGGUUCCUGGGAGGGAAGCUCAACGUGUCCGUGAACUGUCUGGAUGUCCAUGUCGAGAAGCAUCCUGACCGAGUGGCUCUGAUAUGGGAGCGAGACGAACCCGGCACUGAGGUGAAGGUUACCUACAGAGAGCUGCUGGAGACAACCUGCCGUCUCGCCAACACCCUCAAGAGCCAUGGCAUCCAAAGGGGGGACAGGGUUGCCAUUUACAUGCCGGUGUCACCGCUGGCGGUGGCAGCCAUGUUGGCGUGUGCCCGUAUUGGUGCAGUGCACACUGUGGUGUUUGCUGGCUUCAGCUCAGAGGCUCUGGCAGGCAGGAUCCAGGAUGGUGAGUCUCCCUCCGCCAAGGUCUUUGUACCUUACUCAUGACGGGGGUUUCACAUUCAGUCAGUGAGUUUAUUUGGGCAGCAACUAGUGAACGUUAGAGGAACUACAGACUCAGUUAGAGACGAGCUGGUGAACAUAAUGGAGCAUUUAGCAGCUAAAGACACAGAUGUUUCCUUCAGGAGGUGCUGGAGACCAAACACAGAGCUUAGAGAGAGAGUAGUGGACUUCCAUUCAUCAGGAGACACAAACACAAAGACUCCUGAUGGGCCUGUCCAUCAGUCCACCAUGUUGGUCCAGACUGUAAUAUCUCACAACUGUUGAACAGGUUGAGAUUUAGAAAACAUUCAUGUUCCUCCGAUGAUUCAUCCUUCUGAAUUUGGUGAUCACCUGACUUUUCCCUAAACCCCACCAUGAGCUUAAUAUUUGUAGAUAUGAGUUCAUCUCAACAACUAUUGGAUCGAUCGUCUCGAUGUUUGCUUCAGACAUUUGUCUGGUUUAUGACCAAAUACCUGCAAAUCUUAUGACAUUCCAUCAGCUGUGCUCUGUGUUUAAUUAGCUAAGGUUAGCAUGCUAACACGCUAAACUAAGACAGUGAACAUGGUAAACAAUGUACCAUUCAUUGUCAUUGUGAGUAUUUUAGCACCUGCCAAUUUAGCUACAACUUGUGAGUGGCUGUCGUUUGCCCCUGAGGAGGAUUUAAACAUUCUACAGUUACACUUAAACUUCACAUUGUGAGUGUUUGAAGCUGAACAGUUUUUAACUUAAAUUAAAAUGUUGUAUUUUUUACACUAAAAUUUUAUCCUGGCAUUGAGGGCAACGCUUUGAAGCAGAAUUUACAUCAUUUAGAUCAACAUGCAAAAACAUCACUCUAUAUAAAUAUAGAAAAUGUGAAAAAAUAAAAGGAGUGAAACAUUUCUUCCGGUCAGUGUGGGCACAUUGGGGGACCUCAGACUCGUGUGGGCACAGUGGGGGACCUCAGACUCCUGACCUCAGUACUUCUAUAAUCCUGGCUACAGUUCUGUUCUGGGCGUCAGCAGUAUCAAAGCAGGGGACCAUGAACUUGGACAGAACUUGAGUAUUUAUGUGAAACUGUUUUCAGUUUUCAUUUCUUCAUCAGCAGCAUGAAAGUAAAAGCAACAGCCCCCUGAGGGAGGAGCCUUCAUACAGUAUCACACUGAACCCAUGGAGACUGAGUAUUUAACUCAUUCCAGUCUCCAGAUACAAAUACUGACGCAGCUCUCUGCAGAUCUCUGGAGGUCAGACAUGCUGCUCGAGGACUUGUGUGUUUUGGAAACAGUUGCUGCCUUCAAACCCAAACAAGACAUUUCCAUGGCUGGCUGAGCAGCAGGAGAAGCAGAGCAUGCUGGGAGUGUAGCUGAUUGUAUGUGCAGGAGAGUAUUUGAAUUAAAUUGAUUACAGCCUCAACAUGAACAGCAUCCCGAUGAUUUAUCGUUUCUUACGGUCUGAACAGACACAAGAACAGUUUGCUUCUCAGAGAGGUGAAACGUGUUCUGGAGCCAAGAAGAUGAGCUACUCAGCUCAAGCCUGAACUCGUCAUUUAGCAUUUUAAAAGUUCAGCAGAGGAAACAAUCAAACGACAGUUACAAGUCAUCAAAUAAUGCCACAGGGCAAAUAAUGCCCUGUGUGUCAAACUAUGACGCUCUAGGUUCCCCUCUAAUGUCUAUUUUGGAUAUUUUGGACGUGUUAAGGACAGCGUGUCAGUUUCAACUCACUAGGCGUCUUUUCAAAAUAAAAUUUGUGUUCACAGCCCAGUGUAAUUAACCAGGUGU